GCAGCGGUCGUCACCGCCAGCUCGACGUCAGCGCAGGAGCCGCCAUCGCCCGUCGCUUGCAGCCUCCAGGUCCAGGUCCAGGAAGGCCAGUCCAAUCGACCCCAUCACCCCGCAAGGCUGCGCUAUACGCGGUCAAGUCAACACGACAUUCUAGAUUACACUAUCUCCAACUUAGACCACCCUUUACAUUUUCCGGCAAUAGCUUCAUAGAGGGAGCUUAAUACCAACUGUCACAAUGCCGGCCUACAACUCCGUCUUCAACGCCGACCCCUCCCCCCGCCUAAUCGGCAACUUCCCGCUCCUCCCCCUGCGGACCAAGAUCCGCGGCCCUACCUACCCUCUCCCGUUCCCCGACCCUCCGCUCCCAGCCAACGAGUCGCCCGAUCCGGACUCGGAGUCGUACGACAUUCUGGACGAGACGCUAGCUCUCUUCCGGGCCAACACUUUUUUCCGCAACUUUGAGAUCCAGGGCCCCGCGGACCGCCUGUUGGUGUAUGGCAUCUGGGUCAUCAGCGACUAUCUGGGCCGUAUCAAGCCGCACUAUGGGGUCAGGGAGGCGACGAAGGAGGUGAAUAAUGCGGCGCUGGAUGUGAACUUUGCGUUGCCGGGGGAUCCGGGGUGGCCUUUGAAUCAGAUGUACGAACCCCCCCGCGACCGUCAAGACGCCGAAGUCCUCCGCCAGUACAUGUCGCAGGUCCGGCAGGAGCUGGCGCAGAGGUUACUGGCGCGCGUGUACGACGACGAGACCGAGGACAAGCCGAGCAAAUGGUGGUUGAGCUUUACCAAGAGGAAGUUCAUGGGCAAGGGGCUCUGAUUUGGUCUUCCCUCCAGGUCGCGUUGCAUCCGUCGUCAAGCUCCAAAGUAUAAUACGUACUCUACAAAUAAUAUCUACUUAGUUUCCUAGGUUGCGCAGGCAUGUUGGGGAGAGCGAGCAAGCCUGUUAGUUGUU